UGGAGAAUGAAGGGGAGAAACAGUGAAUAUGAGAAGACUUCUUAUUGAGGGUAUUUCAGCAGUGCAGGUAUUUAAGAUGAUGCUUUCUUGAUCUAGGGAGCAGAGAGAGAGAUUGAAGAUGCAAGCUAUAAAAGGAAUCGAUAAUAUAAAAGCUCCUGAGAAGAUUGGAAGAAUACAUAUAAGAGACCCUGAUUAUUGAUAGGAUGGACCUUUUCUAGAACUACCAUCACCCUGGAAGCUGAAGAAAAUCAUUCGUAACUGAGGGACACUUGCCUUUUGCAACUAAGCUCUACUGAAUUCCAAAGCUACAGAAACAUCCAUCUUGACCUGGAAAGUCUGUUUCUUUGCUAGUCCAGAAGAUUUUUUUUAACAUGAACAAGAUCCUCUCAAGCACUCUUUGCUUUGGACUCCUAACUUUGUUAUCCAUGUUGAUUUUUUUACAAUCUGUGCAUGGACGACCAUAUCUUACCGAAGGAAAUGAAAUAUUUCCAGAUAAAAAAUAUACAAAUCGUGAGGAACUAUUGUUGGCUCUACUGAAUAACAAUUUUGAUUUCCAAAGACCUUUCAACACUGACCUAGCAUUGCCUAACAAACUGGAAGAACUUAACCAGCUGGAAAAGCUAAAAGAACAGCUAGUGGAGGAGAAGGAUUCUGAGACGUCCUAUGCUGUAGAUGGUCUAUUCUCUUCUCAUCCUAGCAAACGAGGGUUUGAAUGUGGCUUCUAAGGGAAACUGUGGCUCUUGAAGAAAUGAAAAAUAGGCUCUGAGUGAUAUCAUAAAACUCUGUUUAUACGUGGUGAUAAGCACAGGGGCUACGGUGUAUUUGGGGAGGAAAACCUGGGCAAGCACAUGGAAAUUUAUCAUUCAUUUCAAUGAGGGAUUAUACGUUUUUCAACUCUUUUUCACUGUAAAUACCACUGAUCAACAAUGAAUCAAAGACCCUUCUCCCAAGGGACUUAGUUUUAUAAGCUACUUAAAUAAAAGGAAAUUAGAGAAACUGAUAAUUAGCUAGAUGCAACUACUGUAAGUCAAGUGAUUGGUAACAACCUACAGAAGAUUUAAAAUGCUUCAUUUAUCUAUUUGAAGAUUGAAAUGCUAAUAUAUUUGGUUUGAUAUCUCUGAAGAAUCAUUUUAUGAUCAGAAUGGGAGGACUAAAUGUGAUGACAAAUGAAGUUAAUUAAAUAUCAUUUUGUGGUCUGCAAACUGACCUUUAAACUGUCUUCCUUCCUCUUCACUCAAUAGAUAGAUUCUCAUUAGCACUGCUUUUUUACUUAUGUGACUUUCUUUUUGGUAUUUCAGUUACCUCAAGUGUAAAAUAGAGGGAUGAAUCUCAUAGGGCAGUCUAUUGAAUUCUCUAGACUGUAUUAUACAUAUUAUCAUGUAUAACAGUGUUGUCCAAUAGAAUUUUCUGUGAUGGGAACAUUCUCUAGUUUGUACUGUCCAUUAUGGUAGUCACUGGCUACAAGUGCUACUGAGCACUUGAAAUGUGACUAGUAUGAUGGAGAUGCUGAAUUUUUAAUUUAUUUAAUUGUAAUUAACUUAAAGAUCCACAUGAGGUUAGUAGCUACCAUAUUGACUGUCCCUUUUAAAAACUUAACUCUUGCAUUCAGGCACACAUAAGCUAUUGAUUCAAGAGCAAGUUUUAUCAAAUAUUCUUCUAAU